GUAGGCUAGACUUGCAUGUUUUUGUGCAACAUCACAUAGACACUAGCAAGCCGUAGUACGGGACAGACACUCCCAUCGCCGUGAAAAAUUCAAGUGCAGAAGUUCACCGCCGAGGCGGCGACAGCGCGCGCUCAACCACGCGCCCUCACUCCGGUUGCAUCCCCACCCCACGCCGUCUCUGCCCUCCGCCGUCUCGAUGCCUCCACGCCUCCCCUCCCCCGCCCUCUCCGCCCACAUACGCACGCUCUCCUCCGCCACCCGGGCCGGUGUCCCCCACCUGCUCGACGGAGUGCCGCGCCCGGACCGCCUCGGGCGGCUCCCGCCCGAGCUCGCGGGCUUCGUCCGCUCGCGCGCCGCGGGGCACACGCCCAGCCAGUUCGCCUACGGGAACGCGCUCGCGGCCUGCGCCCCGGCCGCCACGGGCGCCGGGGCGGGCAGUGUCGCCUUCGCGGAGCAGCUCUACUGCGCCGCCUGGAAGGACGGGCUCGCGGGCGACGCCUACGUCUGCAGCGGCAUGGUCGACCUGCUCGCCAAGAGCGGCCGCCUCGGGGACGCGCUCAGGGCGUUCGCGGACGGCGACCGCGGGAGCGUGGUCUGCUGGAACGCGGUCAUCUCCGGGGCCACGCGCAACGGCGAGCACGGUCUCGCCGUCGAGAUGUUCGGCGACAUGGCAUGGGGCUCCUGCGAGCCCAACUCCUUCACUUACUCCGGUGUCCUCAGUGCCUGUGCGGCAGGUGCGGAGCUGUGCGUCGGGAAGGCAGUGCAUGGGCUGGUGCUUCGGCGUGACCCCGAGUACGAUGUGUUCAUUGGGACGGCGAUCGUCAACAUGUAUGCGAAGUCGGGUGAUAUGGUCGCUGCCAUGAGGGAGUUCUGGAGGAUGCCGGUCCGGAAUGUGGUAUCCUGGACCACCGCGAUCGCUGGUUUCGUGCAGCAGGAGGAGCCAGUAGGCGCUGUUCGGCUGCUCAGAGAUAUGGUCCGGAGUGGCGUGUCGAUCAACAAAUACACGGCUACUAGCAUCUUGCUCGCCUGCUCCCAGAUGCACAUGAUACGAGAGGCUAGCCAGAUCCAUGGAAUGAUCAUAAAGACAGAGCUGUACUUGGAUUACGUUGUCAAGGAGGCUUUGAUCUGCACAUUUGCUAAUAUUGGGGCUAUUGAGUUGUCCGAGAAGGUGUUUGAAGAAGUUGGCAGAGUAAGCAACAAAAGUAUCUGGUCGACUUUCAUAUCUGGGAUUAGUAGUCAUAACCUACCGAGAUCAAUUCAGCUGUUAACGAGGAUGUUUCGUCAGGGUCUAAGACCAAACGACAAAUGCUAUGCUUCUAUUUUCAGUUCUGUGGACUCAAUUGAGCUUGGCAGGCAGCUGCAUUCGCUGGUUAUAAAAGAUGGGUUUGUUCAUGGUGUCCUUGUGGGCAGUGCACUCUCCACCAUGUACUCUAGAUGUGGUGAAAUGGAAGAUAGCUGCAAGGUCUUUGAAGAAAUGCAGGAACGGGAUGAAGUCUCAUGGACUGCAACGAUUGCUGGUUUUGCAUCUCAUGGCCAUUCAGAUGAGGCAUUCCGACUGUUCAGGAAUAUGAUUCUUGAUAACCUUAAGCCUGACCAUGUGUCGUUAUCUGCCAUUCUUUCAGCUUGUAAUGGACCAGACUAUUUGCUCAAAGGGAAGGAAGUUCAUGGACACAUUCUUCGUGUCUAUGGAGAAACUACGUCUGUUAGCACUUGUUUGGUUUCCAUGUAUUGCAAAUGUCGAGAAGUACAAACAGCUAGAAGAAUUUUUGAUGCAACUCCAUGCAAAGAUCAGGUCAUGUUGUCUUCAAUGGUAUCUGGAUACUCUACAAAUGGUUGCACUGACGAGGCAAUCUCAUUAUUUCAGCUUAUGAUGGCAGCUGGUUUUCAGAUAGAUAGGUUCAUAUGCUCAUCUAUCCUUAGCCUAUGUGCUAACAUAGCAAGACCGCUCUAUGGAAAACUAUUACAUGGGUAUGCAAUUAAGGCAGGAAUACUGUCUGAUCUAUCAGUAAGCAGUUCACUUGUGAAGCUGUACUCCAAAAAUGGCAACCUGCAUGAUUCUCGUAAAGUUUUUGAUGAAAUAAAUUCCCCGGAUUUAGUUACUUGGACAGCUAUAAUUGAUGGAUAUGCUCAGCAUGGAAGCGGUCAGGAUUCUUUGGAGAUGUUUGAUUUGAUGAUUAGGCGUGGAGUGAAACCAGAUAAUGUUGUACUAGUGAGUAUUUUAUCUGCUUGCAGCCGUAACGGUUUAGUUGAAGAAGGCUUUAACUACUUUAAAUCUAUGAGAAACGUGUAUGGGCUUGAGCCUGUGUUACAUCACUACUGUUGUAUGGUUGAUUUACUUGGUCGAUCUGGGAGGCUUGCAGAGGCAAAAAGUUUUAUUGAGAGUAUGCCUAUGAAGCCUGACCUGAUGGUAUGGAGCACACUGCUUGCUGCUUGCAGAGUUCAUGAUGAUGCUGUACUUGGACGAUUUGUAGAAAAUAGGAUACGUGAAGAUAAUUAUGACCCAAGCUCUUUUGCAAUGCUGUCAAACAUUCUAGCAAACUCUGGAGACUGGGAGGAAGUAGCGAGAGUCAGAAAAUCAUUAAAGGGCAAAAAGAAAGAGCCUGGAUUGAGUAUGGUGUAAAGUGAAAUGGUCAAAGAGUUCUAUAAAUAAAACUGGAAUGCAGCACAGUACAUUGACUGAGAUGAAAUAAUGACAUCAUCUCGGGGAGUUCUGAGAAGAGCGCUAGUUGGUUACAUCUAUUGGACAUCUCUCGGAGAGGCAGGGGGACAAUUGAGAGAUUCACAUGGCACAUUGGAUAUCCAAUCAUCUGAAGAAUGUAACCCCAAAUCAAAGGGGAAUUUUAU